AUGAUCUACAGUGUAGUUGAUGUAGUAGAUGACAGUGUGGUUGAUGUAGUAGAGGACAGUGUGGUUGAUGUAGUAGAGGACAGUGUAGUUGAUGUAGUAGAUGACAGUGUGGUUGAUGUAGUAGAGGACAGUGUAGGUGUUGUGGUAGAUGACAGUGUGGUUGAUGUAGUAGAUGACAGUGUGGUUGAUGUAGUAGAGGGCAGUGUAGGUGUUGUGGUAGAUGACAGUGUGGUUGAUGUAGUAGAUGACAGUGUGGUUGAUGAUGUAGAUGAUAGUGUAGAUGUUGUGGUAGAUGACAAUGACAGUGUGAUUGAUGUAGUAGAUGAUAGUGUAGUUGAUGUAGUAGAUGACAGUGUGGUUGAUGUAGUAGAUGAUAGUGUAGAUGUUGUGGUAGAUGACAGUGUGGUUGAUGUUGUAGAUGAUAGUGUAGAUGUUGUGGUAGAUGACAGUGUGGUUGAUGUUGUAGAUGAUAGUGUAGAUGUUGUGGUAGAUGACAGUGUGGUUGAUGUAGUAGAUGACAGUGUAGUUGAUGUGGUAUAUGAUAGUGUAGAUGUUGUACUGUUGACACGGACAUAUGCUACGGACCGUCCCUCAAAAACUAGACCGGAACUAUCUUAA